UAUACACAAUGAUUGGAACAAUUGGAUGCAUGGUGGCUUACAGGGCAUGCCAAUGUGAACAUUGUAUGUUUUGGGGCUCCAGAGGGCGCCCCAACCUGUGCCGGGAGCACGGUGGCGGUUUCUGGAGGCGAAGGAACUGUUGGAAGAAAACGACGCCAGUCUUGUGGCCUUGUGGCCCGACAUUUGUUUCGAGCGCGGUUGGCGGACAGAGUCCGAGACAAACGUGGAGGCGAGGAAGCAAUUCAUCAAGGACCUCCCUUUUCUCGAUAUUGUGCAGAGGCAGGGAGAGACCAUCGCUUUGGCGCGCUGGCUCUCAUAUCCGAAAGGUGAGAAACAACGACGUAAAGGUUGGUCUGAGACACUUUUGUUGUUGUUGCACUGGGGCUUGACCACGGGCGCUGUUUCGAAGGCGUGGCAAGUUUGGAAGACCACAAAGGUGAAGGAGGCGAAGGCGCAACAAGACGUCGAACCGCCUCUGGGGGGCGAGGGGGACUCCGAGAAAACGGCGGCUUGCCCGAUCAAGACUUCUUCGGAAAAUAUGGGUGCCAUCUACAAGCGGUGUAAAAAUCAAUAGGCUGGUGGGAUUGCACGUAUGUUUGGAGCUGGCCGCGAGCCCCGAUUUGAAAGAGGCAAGCCGGAUAAUCGGCAUCGUGUCGGAGCCGUUGAGCACCCAGCAUGGCCACUGGAUGCAGGAUCUGAGAACUAAGGCUGGUAGCCGUAAGUUUUUUCUAGAUGCCGCCACGUGGGGCCACGUGGGUGAGCUUCACGCGUUGAUCGAUUGUCUCUUCUGUCCAGAGAAGCUCGAGUGGAUGGGGCUCGACAUGCAUCCCCCGAGCAAGCUCCCUGGAGCCACAGUGCCAGAAGAACGCAUCCUCUCCCAGGACAUCGCAGCCAACGAGAUCUGGACGCUCACCUUUGGCAUGCUGAGAGCUCGCGCAACUACCCAAACUUACUAUGCAACUGCUUACCCAUUGAUUUUGGCACGGUCUCUUUGGGAUGACCCCAUCAAGAUCAACGCGUUCUUGUCGCAAACAAAGACUGUAUGUGAAAUGUUCAAGAAGGCCGAAUCACACCCAAACGCGUUCGUGCAGCAGCUUGUGCGCCGGAGCCAGAUGAUGGAACCCAUUAUGAGGGUGACUUCUGUGAUUCUGCUGCACGGCAACUUCGGACAGUAUGCUGUGGAUUCGUUAGUGGCGUAUUGGAAACAGGCAUUCGAGGGCAUAGCCGCGUCUAAGCCAAUGGAAGACAACAACAGGGCUGCUAGAUCAGAGGAAACCCGAGCUCAAGAAUCGAAAAUGAUGACUCGGGUUCGGAGGUCCUUGGUGCCAGUCAAAUCGGAUAUCGGUGCAACGUGGGAUCGACCUGUCCCGUCGUCCACACAAGCAUCUUUGCCAACUCCGGAGAAGCUCCGAGAGGAUUUAUAGAAAACGCCUGCGGCGAAACACUGCCGCCCUCUGCCGCGUGCA